AUGUCAGUCUACAAACCACUCGACUCAAAGUUGCGACAAAUUCGAGUGUUGGAGCUGCUCGCUGGCUCAGGCACCGACAUCGUCGAGGGCAGACUUCACGUGACCUCUUUACCUUCGUCCAAGACCAUUACAAGCUGGCUUUUACCCGAGCGGAUGCAUAACAUUGGCGCGUAUAGCGAUCUGGAUGUACUAGAUACUGUUCUGAAGGCCAAUCCAGGUAUCGCAACAACGAAGCCUGGCCACGAUUCCAUCGUCGCAGGAUUGCUUCAAUCUGCGCAACAGCUCGCUAGUGGUCUACGUAUCGGCAACGGCCAGUGUCACGACUCCUCGGCGAAGGAGAAGGUCACGAAGACUCUCAAAGCUCUCCAGACGGUUCAGGAGAUCCAAAAUCAGUCAGUCUGCCCUUCGGAAAGCCGCGAGGAUAAAUUAUCAAGCAUCCAGAAGCUUUGGAACCUUGAGAUGGAUCUUCGGUCUCAGUAUCAUCCCAGGAUAGCAUAUGAAAGUGUCUCAUAUUGCUGGGGCGAGUCCACCGCGACGGCCUCCAUGGAGCUGGACAGCAUAAUCAUCGACGCUCCAACUGGCACAGUCGAUGUCCUACGUAGCCUUCGCAGGCCCGACGCAGCUCGGAUGUUGUGGAUAGACGCUAUCUGCAUCAACCAGAGCGACUUAGAUGAACGGAUGCAGCAGGUCAUGCUGAUGAGCGACAUCUACCGCAGUGCUUCCAGAACCAUCAUCUGGCUUGGCACAGAUGACACUCAGACUUCACAUGCCCUCGAAAUUUGUGCCACAGUUCGGCAACAACUGCCCGAGAACAUUCUGGGAAAAGAUGCGGACCAAAGAAAGGCCAUUCUUCAACAAGCGAAGUUGGAUGAAGAUCAGGAUGUCCGCUCGCUAGAUGCCAUUUUCGGUCGUGCGUGGUUCUAUCGACAGUGGGUGCUUCAAGAAGUAGUGACCUCGAAGCUCAACACCUGCUAUAUUGGAGACAAAGAGUUUGAUUGGCUCGAUCUUGAACUGGUGGCGGAUUGGGUCUUCUGGAACCGCCAGUGGACUGUCAUGCGUGGUCAUCUACCUCAGAUUCCUCGCACGACCCUUUACAUCCGAUUAGGGGGGCCGAUUUUCAACAGCCUGCACUCCCUCGCCAUUAAGUCUCGUGAACUGAGAACUUCAGAGCCACGGGAUAAGAUAUUUGCCUUGCUGUCCAUGACAAGUUGGGCUGAAAAUGGCACAUUACCACCAACGAUAGCCUCACUGGAUUACCACCUGCCCAUCAUGACUUGUAUGUGUCUCGCCACGCGGGCCAUGAUUGAGGAAGAUCGAAAUCUCUCGGUCCUUGUUCGCGCUGAAGUGGAAAGAGAUUCUCUUGCUGGAGACGGCACCCGUGACGAGGAUUGGCCAUCAUGGUGCCCACCGUGGCAUAUAUCGCAAGUCGAGGAUCUGAGCACCAUAGAAGCACUGCGAAGUGAGUAUGAGGAUCUUGCGAAAAAUGACUCAGUGAACUGGCGGGACUUAAAGCCUUCGCCCAACCCCCAUCGUCUGGUCGUGGAGGGGAAAAUUAUCGACACUGUCGACAUGGCUGCCGAUGCCGCAGCCGUAGUGAGAUCGCUAGCGGCUACCAGCGAAGAUGUGCACAGCCGCGAGACGGCGGAUCCCGAUGUCGACGAGCUUGCAUCGUCACUCCCGCGAGUCAUGACCUCCAACCAGUUCCAGGUGUUUUUGAGCGGUCUCGCACCUCGGCCAGAAGGGUGUGCCCGAGAAGAGGGCUGGGGACUAAUGAGAGCAGACAUGAAGCAAGAGAAGCCGAUGACACCGUGGUGGUCGGCCCAAAAGCUCGCGGAUGGAAUAUGUUCUGCUACCAGAGAGGAAGCAUUGGUGGCAACAUGCCGUGGCCGUAGACUGUUCCGCACGGCAGCUGGCCAGAUCGGGAUCGGAUCCAAGAGAAUUCGGAAAAAUGAUCGGAUCGUCACUCUCGCGGGAAGCAGCCAGCUUUUCGUAUUAUCACCCCGGGAUGAUCACUAUCUUUCGAGAGGCCCGUGCACCAUGCAGACUAUGUCGAAAGAGCCGGCCGCCACUGCGGAGUUUGUGACACUCGCGUUGGAGACGUUCAAACUCAGAUAG